UCCGAUUCAAUUCAAGAGCUGAGUUUUACUUAUGCUCACCGUGAUCCAUUUCUCCUCAACGCUCGCGAUCCUAGUGCACAUGUGGGGAAUCCAGUUCGAGCCUGUAUAUUCGAGAAUGCGCUUUUCUGCCGAGAGCAUAUUUUCCUACAUCUUUCAACGAUAUCUUCGCAACACAACCUCUUCACCGACGUAUCCGACCACGAUUAACUACCUCCUCAUAUCUUCCACUCUCCUAAAAGUGCCAUCACCUUGAUAGAAAGAUUUCACCAAACUCCCUGACUGUUUCCACUACCAAUACGAACGCUAUCUGCCAACCACUUACGCGCAUAAUAUCAUUGCAGCAUCAGCCUCAACACUCCUUCUUGAAGUCAAUCAACUACCCAUCGAUCAUCAUGGUCGCAAAGGACAGACACGCAAAUCUCCCAUUCGGGAAGAAGAAUCCAACCACCAGAGCGUCUAAGAAGUCACUGGUUAUUGUUCCCACUGAUUUGUCGACGGGUCCACCAUCAACCGUUGGAAUCUUGCCAAAGGUACUAUCCACCACGGUAAACUUCCAGCGCACUCCAGGCGCACGCGCCGAUAUCUCGAUUUCCGCUACUGAAGUUACGCGCAAUGAGAUGAAAGUUGUCAUUCAAACCUUCGACGAUGGUCAGGUUGAAACAGCUCGGUCCUAUCCUUAUAAUUCGACCAUGUACGACCUAGCCGACGACGUGUCUAAUCGAAUGCCAUAUUCAGCAAAGGUGGAGUACUUGAAGGAUCGUUGGGUCGAGAUGCAGGUCAAGAUACCCGAAAUCAGCAGCUCUGUAUCCGAAUCAGAUUCAGCUGUCCUGGAACAGUUGUCAAGCCUUGGUCCAGACUUCUUCAAGCUGGUCAGCAACCUGGUCGUUAGGCUUGUUCUCCCCGCUUUAUCCAAUCUAGCGGUCAUGACGCCGUCCAACAUCGUCUCAACGCCUGGCUACGCUCUGGUUGAGAGAAUUGUUGACGAAGUUGAGAAGUUCGUGGCACUGGAGAAGCUUCACGUUGUCUUGGAGCUCCCACAUACUUUUACACGUGGUCUGCAUGAGCUCCAAAUGGUGUACUCUCUACCUUUCCAUUACCUGUCUUUCACUGAUUGGGGUUUGAGAUAUACCGUGCCUUCAAUGACACGCUCGAAGGUAGUUUCUGACGAUGAUUUGCUCCAGCUUCGUCGCCUUGAUCAAUCGCUCUUCGAUUCUCCCUAGAAUAGAUUGAACAUCGGUCUGAUAAUGCCAUCCUCCUGGAUACGGUGUGCUAGGAUCUUGGAAGACGAAUAACUGAAGCUUGGUGGUGGAUUGCGAACUAAUACACCUCGUGAGGUGUGCCCUAGGUUUUGAGAUUCCACCUGCCGAUACCUACUUUCCAUCUUCUUUUGGGAAGCCUGUUGUCCGAAAUUACACCUGGUCUUUUUGGCUUUCUCUUUGGGGAGCCUGUAUUUUGCGUUCAUGGAUGGUCCUGUGAGCCUAUAUUUCGGCCAAGUACUCUUGUUUUUGGGAGCAAUGAAGACCGACGUUCUUUUUCUGCCGCUAGCCCUACGCACAGCAGCUAGGACCAUCGCUGAUACUGAUUUUCACUUGCUGAAAAUAUACUUAGAGA